UAGUCUUCACAAGAAUCAUAAAAUCAAACAGUCUGCAACUGAACACUACAACCAUUCAGCUCGUCGACGCAACGAUGUUACCUUCAUCUCCAGCUAAAAUACUUGUAGGAAUCUCUUUAGACCCAGAAGAAAACAAUGAGAUCCUCUCAUGGGCAAUAAGAGUGCUAGCUCAUCCAAAUGACAACAUUGUUGCCUUACAUGUUCUUGUUAGCGAGGAGUCGAAGAAGAAGAAGAGAGAAUCGACGAGAAAGAAACAAUCAAAGAUUCGCCAAGCGAAAGCGCAUGUUAUAUCUGUGCUUGCAGAAUUUGCUGGGACAUGUUGCUCUAAACAGAUAAAUUUGGAGGCUAAAGUAGGUUUUAGCAAUAGCGUCGGCAGAGGACUAAUUGAGGAAGCAAAAUCCAUUUCAGCUGAUCAUCUUCUUCUUCUUCGUGGACAAAGAGACAGAUCAAAUAGAACUUCAUUUGAAGUCAUAAGGUAUUGUCUUGAGCACACCCCGCUACAUUGCUCUGUCAUAUCAGUUGGGAAAUCUGAACAACCGAAACAAAAUUCAAAUCCCGCUGACGCCAAAGAGACUCAUCGGUCGAAUUCAAGGAUUCAUAGUAGCAGGUCAGCCUCCCCUGUUGAAAAACAUGUAUUCUCUGAAACAAAGAGAAAGAACACUUCACCAAGAACUGUAUUAGAUGAAAUUGAAGGAGAAUCACAAAGUACAGAAGAAGAGACUUGUAGUUUUGGUGACUCCACCAUCACAUACACAGAAUCACCUCCUCUGGCUCCCAAGAUAAAUAAGCAGAUUUCGCCAUACAAACUUGUCUACUCUUUCCUUAAAUCCCCAUUAAGGAAAAUAAACAGAAGUUUAUCAAAAAAAGACAAGCAUCAGCCUUUCUUGAAGUGCUUCAGCUACGACGAAAUCUCGAAUGCUACGAAUAACUUUGAACCAGAAAAUAUGGUGGGCAAAGGAGGUUAUUCAGAAGUGUUUAGAGGUGAUAUCUCUGGUGGAAGAACAAUUGCAGUGAAGAGAUUGUCCAAGGAUAACGAUAACGCUAACAAGGAUAAAGAGUUCCUACUAGAGUUGGGAAUUAUUGGGCAUGUCUGUCAUCCGAAUACAGCAAAAUUAGUCGGCUACUGCAUCGAAAACGGACUCUAUUUGGUCUUCAAUUUCUCUCAGAAUGGAAAUUUAGCAUCUGCAUUGCAUGGUAAAUCAAGCAAGUUACUUGAGUGGCCUGUUCGAUACAAGAUUGCGCUAGGAAUUGCAAGAGGUCUGCAUUACCUUCAUAAACGCUGUAAACGCAGAAUCAUUCAUCGCGACAUCAAGGCCUCGAAUGUCCUUCUUGGUCCUGAUUAUGAGCCACAGAUAACCGAUUUCGGACUAGCAAAAUGGCUUCCUAACAAGUGGACUCACCAUGCUGUGAUCCCAAUUGAGGGCACAUUUGGGUACUUGGCACCUGAAUACUUCAUGCACGGUAUUGUGGAUGAGAAAAUUGAUGUUUUUUCGUUUGGAAUUCUUCUUCUGGAGAUCAUAACCGGUCGCAGACCAGUCGAUUCAUCGCAGCAGAACCUUCUCUUAUGGGCAAAGCCUCAUAUGGAGUCUGGAAACGUAACUGAAUUAGCUGAUCCAAAACUGGAAGGCGAAUACGACGCAGAUGAAUUGCGCAGAUUGGUGUUCACAGCUUCACAUUGCGUGAGACAAACAUCGGUGUGGCGUCCAUCGAUGAGCGAGGUUUUAGAUCUUCUAACCAGCAAUGGCAAUGACUCUGAUGAUAUGAGCAUACCAAAGUUCAUAUCUGAUGAAAUGGAUGAUUACUCCAUGGUUUUUGGAUAUGAUGUGCCAACUGAUAUAAGUUUGGAGGAUUUUUUAUGAUUCAAUUUAGCCCCUUUUUUUUGUUUGUAAGAGAUAGAAAGGUCCUCCUAGUGAGUAUGUUAAGGCCAAUUGGGAUACGGCUAUUGAUAAAGAAGGCGAACUGUACUGGAAUGAGUGUUAUUUUUAGAGAUAUGUAUGGUGACUUGUGGGUAUGUAGUUAUUCCAUUAGGAAGGCUUCUUGAUCCUUUCCAUGCAGAAGCGUUGGGAGCACUCCAUGCGGUCAAGUUGGCCAUUGAUUUGGGGUUUCGUCAAAUUAUCCUUGAAGGAGACUCGAGUGUUGUUGUGGAAGCCAUAAGAGGAGAUGAGAUGAGUUAAUCAAACAGGGGAGUGGUGGUUGUGGAAAUUUGUCAGCUGCUAUCUUCCUAUUUCAGGAGGUGGGAUGUAUGCCAUGUUCGAAGGGGGUCAAAUUCGGCAGCGCAUUGCCUAGCUCAGAUGGCCGUCCAGGACAAACAAUGUAGAAUUUGAGUUGAGGAUGGACCUGAGGGUGUGCUUCCUAUGGUAGAAAAUGAGAAGUUGAACUGUAGUUAAUUGAUUGUUUGAGAGUUUUGUUAUUGUUUUGUGUUGCGUGCUAGUUAGACUUCUUAAGGGAGUUAUUUUGUUUUUAAUUCCAGAUAUGGUUUUCUAUGCCAUAUUUGCUUUGU